AUUGUCCAACAAAUUGAACUUUCCCCUUUCACUUCAGAGGCUUUUGAUGCAUAGCCCCUGAGCAUGUGAUAAGGUUUUUCCAGAUUGUUCAGAUGACACCAAUGGCUGAAAGUGCGAAGUGGAACCUGACUGAGACAACCCAAAAGGACAUAAAACAAGACGUUGUACGGCCACCGUCGGAGAUAUUGAUUCACUAAUUACGAUGUGGGGAUGCAAGAUUGUGUCGGCACGUGAGCACAGGAGGCCGGACGAUGAACAGGACUAAAUGAGGACAAGUGCACGACACGGCACUCUGCAUUGUGUGUGUAGUAUAUGGGAAACAUUAGCGGACGUAUAUGCCACUAACACACACGUGGGAUAUCAAGGAAUACAUUUCUGUCAAGACUGCCUUCAUUCAGAGGGUCUCACCCAUUUUUCUCACCACAGAAGCUAGAUUCCUUUAAUUUGUCUGGACACCUGUGCUGGGUAAGGAUUGAGGACUGUCCACUUUUCUGCCUGUGGUAUUGUGUCAAAGACUUCCCUUCAUUUAUAUCAUGUCAUCGAAAGCAGUGACGGCAUAGGAUAAGUCAGACUGCACGAUGUUCGCAUGUGCCAUGCUGGGUUGAGAUGGUGUGGUGACCGAGUGUUUACCACAGUUGAAUAAAUUUUGCUCAUCCAUUUUUAACCGGAUUAACCUGGGAGCAUCUCGCGAACGGAUUAUCUGAGGAAAGGGACAUUGGCCAGUGCAACACACACCCGCACCUCUCUCGCUAGCCUGUCAAAUAGGAAGAGUGCCACUUGGACAUGUGAUGAACCUGUGUAUUGAAUAACGACUCCCCUAACCGUUCCUUCUGCCGGCAAUCAGUGGCAUUCUCCAUGUGCAAGGGAGUGCAUUGUAAGAAACGAUUGGAGUAAAUGCCAUGGAAUACCGGUACCAUCAUCGGGAAUAAGAAAUUUACUCCUAUCAAAGGCAUUCGAGGAUGAUCCAUUGAACAUACUGUGACAGAUCUGGAGCAUGCCUGAUGUAUAACGUUCCCACAGCAUUAAUUCAUAGUUCUUUAUGGAUUAUUCAAGUUUGUGCCGACACAAUUUUCCUGUUCAAAAUUUCAGCUCUUUGUAAGAGCACGUACUUCUGAGAAAUAGGAACAAGACAAGCUGCAGCUGAUGUUUUGAAGAUAUGAAUCACGGUCUUUAGUCAAAGGCAAGAAAAUUUGAAUUUUUCUACAAAAUAUUUUUGUCCAGGGAUUCUGAGUUUCAAAGAAUCGUGUUGCAGUGCCGGGAACUGUGCUACACUCUCUAUCAACAAUUCCAGAGAUUGACAUUUUGCAAACCCUCUGUAUUGUAAUUUUUGGCGCGAACUUAACCAGCCUCUAAAUCAGCAAAACGAGAAUAUAGCAGUAGCCUGCUAGAACCUGCCUACCCCCUUCCCCCGCAAGGUAUCUUCCUACAUUUGGCGGUCUCUAACCCAGUCUCGGAAUAAUUUGGUACUUGCCCCACUGCAGCAUAAUUGGAUCACCUUGUCUCCUAUUAGCCUCUGUGUACCACAACGUUUUCGGCCGCCAUGAAUUUUCUCCGGAGACGUUUUUCAGACCCAAACUCCCUGGGAAACGUGCCCAAUGGAUAUUUUCAGAACAUCGGAGCAGAGGACAACAGAGAUAAGACACUGGCGUCGGCGUCUGUUCCUCCAAAGAGAGAUCUCGGCUUCCUGAGCUCAUUAACAACCAGCAAACAGCAAGAGAGAACCAAAUGCAAGACGUUACUCGUUAUUGAUGACCAACACACAGACUGGUCCAAAUAUUUCAGGGGCAAGAAGAUCCAUGGGGAAUUUGACAUCAGAGUUGAACAGGGUGAAUUUUCUGAGCUGAACCUUGCUGCUUACGAAGACAGUGGAGUUACAGUGGAUCUUAGAGGUUACAGACAGGGACAAAAAAUAGUCAGAACGUUCAAGCCUGACUUUGUCCUUGUCCGUCAGCAUGCCAGAAGCAUGGAGGUACAAGAGGACUGGAAGAACAUCAUUAUUGGCUUUCAAUAUGGCAAUAUUCCCAGCAUUAACUCAUGGCAGUCACUCUACAACUUCAUGGACAAGCCCUGGGUUUUUGCUCAACUCACCAAGAUGCUGGAGAAGCACGGAAGAGACAAAUUUCCUUUGAUUGAUCAGGCGUUCUACCCCAACCACAAGGAAAUGACUCUUAAGUCAGGACAGUGUCGUGCACACAUGAUGCAGUUAGCUAAUCCCAGGUUCCCUCUGGUUGUCAAAAUUGGCCAUGCACAUGCCGGAAUGGGAAAGGUGAAAGUAACCAACCACCAGGAUUUCCAGGAUAUCACCAGUGUUGUAUCUAUCACUAGCUGUUACACGACGACAGAAUCUUUCAUUGAUUCUAAGUACGAUAUCCGUGUACAGAAAAUUGGCAGCUUUUACAAGGCAUUCAUGCGAACAUCCAUCUCAGGACACUGGAAAGCAAACACAGGAUCAGCAGUUGUGGAGCAAAUAGCCAUGACAGAAAGAUUCAAGUUAUGGGUUGAUGAAUGCUCGGAGUUGUUUGGUGGCUUGGACGUCCUAGCAGUUGAAGCAAUUCACGGCAAAGAUGGCAAAGAUUACAUAAUCGAGGUGAAUGAUUCUUCUAUGUCAUUGCUUGGAGAAAACCCAGAGGAUGAUCGGAAACAGAUCGCUGAUCUCGUGAUUCAAAAGAUGCACGCUACUCACCUAGCAAACUCCAUCAGCAAAACUACAUCUGGAUCAAAUCUCCUGGGGCCCCUGGUUACCUCCAACAACCCCAGCCCUCAGAAAUCUGGUCCCCAGACUCCUGGCACACCCAAGAGCACAACCCCUACAUCCACACCUCAAAAGAGCCAGUCUGCCACCCCGACCAAGAACAUGGCUCAAGGAGGAGCCGCAGCUCAUGGAACCUCGCCCUUGCCAACUAAAGUCACACCCACAGAAGAGGAGGACACUUUCAAGAAUCUAAAGAAAACUUUUGCCAACAUUUUUGGAGACCUGUGAGUUGGAUCAGUACGACUCAUUUUUCUGAAUUCGGUUUGAAACUUUUUAGAGACUGCAUGGUAGGUGGGCUGUUACAUCUAUCAGUUUCCUAUUGGUCCUGAAAAUCAACAGCAAUAAUUUACGUAAUACAGUGUAUGUAAGUAAUAGAGAUCUGAGAUAAGAUAAUUCUGAAAAACGUUUUGAAAGUUCCAACCCUUGCCACACGUGAGGCAAACCUAAAACAGCAGAACUGAUGGAAGCUAGCUGCUUUUAAGCUGGCGUCUUAAAUCUGUGCUUGUUCCUCUCAGGAUAUGAGGGACAGAAGAUGAUGAAAAGUUUGCUGUCAAGAAAGCAGCCUGUCUCGGAAAUCCCCCCCCCCCCAGUAUUUGUAAGACAAAAGAAAAGAACAUUUUUGGAAAGUUUGUUGUUGGUGGUUAAACAAAUUCUCCAUAUAUUUUGCUUGUAUUUUUGUUGUCUUUGAACCCCUCCUUGCAGUGGUAGGGCAUAUCAUCAUGGGACAUAGAUUAUAAUUAUAUAUCAUUGAUGUUGAAGAAUCCUUUACCUGAGAGUGGACUCUUACCAGACAUAUUAAGCCAGUCAGACUUUUUCACUCAGUACCUCCUCAUUGUUUGCUUGGGGAACUUGAAACAGUUUCAAGCAACUGAAGUGUGAAUUGAGGCAAGUAAUUACUAAUUUUAUAUUAAUUCAAGGAAAACUAUGUAGUCUCCUUUUUAUUUGUGAAUUUAUUUUUGUUUUAUUAUUUUUUUUCACUUUUUAUUUUUUUGAUUUUCUUUUCAGAAUUGUCACUGUGCUUGGAAAGGGUUGUGCACUGUGAAAGUUUAGCAGUGAAUUAUUAUUUAACACUUCCGUUUCUCACAAGAGAUUAUAUUUAAGGUUUUGUUUCAACUAUCAAAACAUUACAUUGCGAACUUCUUACCUUAAACAGUGCAAUAAAUGUAAAAUAAAGUAUAUCAUUUCACAUGAAAUGUAGUUGGAAAUACAAUCCCAAUUUAUUGUAAGUUAAUUUAUUGUAAGAAAUGUAAGUUUUUCUUGUGUUCAACGAAGUAAGGGUGAGCAAAGUUACAAAUUAGCCAAGUGUAUUUGUGUAUUUUAAUAAAACUGUGCUGCAGCAUGUGAAUGUUAGUUUAGUAUAAAUUGGAACAUCAAAAUGUUCAAGUUUAGGUAAAAUGUGAAUGGAUAUGGUGUGUAAUUGUUGUGACACCAUGUAAUGAAUCACAUGUAUGAUAAUCAGUCAAAGUUAUGAUACAAUUUUUAAUCCUGAAGAUGCAAAAUGAUCACACGUUUUAUGUGCUGAGUUUCAACUUUAAAAUGAACACUUCAAAGUGCUGUUUAUCCUGGAAGAGAUAAAACCUGAAAACUGUGCAACAACAUAAACCUGGCAGUUGUUAAGACGUUCAAACCAGUAUCUGCCGCCCACUGACAAAUUGAGAAAAGCUUUGCAUUGACUUAAUACUUCUGUGGACGAAGGACCUUGAAUAUUUGGGUAAUUUUGAAGGAAUUGAAACGGACAUCUUUGUAACAGUGUGACCCAGCUGAUUUUAUUUAUUUCUGUUGCAUAAUUCGUAUUGGAAACAAAGGAAGGUGGAUUACUUCGAAAUUGCAUGUAGUCCCUGUAAGAGGCGGAUCCAGGGGCAUGGGGGCACACCCCCCCUCCCCGUUUUCACAAAAGAAAUGAAUAUAUAAAAUGAAUAAAUAAAAAGAGAAGAAAAAAGGGGGACCCAGGCCCCAUAAAUGUGACAAGGUCGUAAAAAGAAAAAAAAAGGACAAAAAGCAUUUAUGCUUCCAUUUAUCUAACCUCCUAAAUUUUAUGGCUGUGACCCUAAACUUUUAGUUCACGCCCCCCUCCCCUUUUGGAAAAUCCUGGAUCCGGCCCUGCCUGUAGCCGUGAAACCUACAGGAUGCUAUUUGAAAAGGUGACAAGAAUAUCCUGAAAUGCUAUUCGAGGGAAAUUUCGCAGACUAAGAAAGUCCCACUCGACCAACCAGCCUCUGUGGUUAACUUGGUUUGAUACAAAAAUGUUAAAAAAAAAAAAAAAAAGGACACCACACAUCCACUUUACAUUGCGGCAGUAGCAUAGUCUUUAGGCAUUGAACUCGGCUUUUGCAGUGGUUGGUAAUAUCCCUACUAGGUCUAAGGCACUUCCAUAAGAGAUGCACAAGGAAUCUGUUUGCCUGUAAAAUUCCACAGUAGCCAGGUAUCUAGGAAAUUCCACUGCGUUCAGUAAGUUCUUAACCUGCUCAGCUCUUUGCUCUUCAUUUAUAAGGCUGACAUUUCCUCGUCGAACAAAACGGUUAGAGACGGUUUUAAUUUUGUAUUUUAAGAUUUUUAUUCUGCAAGAUCAUAUUGCUUCAAUUACGUUUUUGAAUUUAUAACUUCAAAGUGUCCAAGUGGUAUUGUGUCCUUGUAGGUAUUUUAAGUGUUCAUAUAAUUAAAAAGCAAUACCAUAUAAAUACUGUAAAUGUAAAAUACUCAUUGUGUAAUUAGCGUUUGAAAAUUACUCAACUACCAAAGGGUUUGUAGUGUGUUUAAAGUAAUCAUUAAUAUACUUUCCGGGCCAUUUUCCAUUGUAACAUAUAAUUAUCUGUGUUUAUGUAUGACAGUGAUAAUGUGGUAAUGAAUUUUACACGUAGGCCUACUUAACAUUGUCGCAGAAGAGUGGGUGCUCAAAACGAGAAAUCUAAAAACUGGAAAUUGUUCUGCUGAUGGUCAGUAUGCCCCUUGUUGUACAUUUGGCAAAUUCGUGUAUUUGUGUACAUUUAUGUUAAGAUUAUUAAAUUGAUACUGCCUUCUGAGGUGUUGAAUCGUAAA